AACUCGCUCAUAAGAACACCUCGUCUAUGGACGUAAGUCUAUGCAUAUAUGACAUCAAGGAAAGCAAGAAAAGUUACAGCUGAGCACAGCUGAGCAGAAGAUAAAAAAAUGGCUACUUGGAUGAAAUUUGCUCGUACCUUUUCCAAAAAUUAUGCGACUGCUGCUGGCGAGCAUCAUAGUUCAGAACAGACACAGGCUUUGUGGAAGAGGCUUUCAUUUUUCGUAGGCUUACCAGCGAUAGGUCUGGCUAUGGUUAAUUGCUAUUUGAACCAUCAGGCUCAUGAACAUGACGAGCGUCCAGAGUUUGUCAAGUACGAUCAUUUGAGGCUAAGAACUAAGCCUUUCCCAUGGGGAGAUGGUAAUCAUUCUCUUUUCCAUAACCCCCAUGCAAAUCCUCUACCAGAUGGUUAUGAAGAUUAGAAAUUAAUUCUAUCUGGUUUAUAAUGGUAUGUAACUGUUAGCAUUCUCUAUAUGUGUAUCAUGCAUUGUAUUGCUUUCUGAGCAAUCAAGUAAAUAAAUGGGAAAAAAUACAAUAUUUA